CUUCCGAAGGCGAAGGCGCGCGGAAAACAAGGCAUUAACUUAGCGCCCUGGGACUCUAAGAGGCUCCGUGGACUUCUGCGCCUCUUAGAGUCUCCAGCUCUGGGAAGCGGCUGUUGCCAGUUCAUCGCGGGAAUUGUGUCAGACUUUGUCGGUGUGGGGGUGGUAGGUAGAGGGACCAAGGUUGGCCCUCUCGGCUCCCGCAUCCCAGCAGGGUUAGCUGCGGACAGCGCACUCUUCUGUCGCAACUCCUCCCUCACCAGACACUUCUCGGAAAUGGAGCAGUCACAGUGCGGCAGUAGAGACCGCAGCCGCAGCGGCCCACCCCACCUGGCCCCGGGACUGGUGGUAGCGGCUCCUCCGUCCCCGUCUGCGGCGUUACCGGUACCCCCGGGGAUACCAGUUCCUCCAACUUUCCUGCGACCGUCCAGCCUCUUUCUGAGGGCAGCCUCCACCGCCGGAAGCGGAGGUUGCCCGCCUGCCGAACUGGAAAGAGGGGUGGGCGCUGUGGCCGGUGGCUACCCACGGACACCCAAGUGCGCCCGUUGUCGCAACCACGGAGUGGUGUCAGCCCUCAAGGGCCACAAGCGCUUCUGCCGCUGGCGGGACUGCGCGUGUGCCAAGUGCACCCUGAUCGCAGAGCGCCAGCGUGUCAUGGCCGCACAGGUGGCGCUGCGCAGACAGCAGGCCCAAGAGGAGAGCGAGGCUCGGGGGCUGCAACGGCUUCUGUACCCUGGAUCCUUAGGACCAGGGGCUCGGUCAUCCGGAGGCAGCAGCAGAAUGGAGACUUCCCAGACGGCCUCGAGCGGCCCUGCGACGGUGACUGCUCUGCGACUGAGUGCCUCGAGACAGGCUAGUGGUCUGGCGACCCCUGUUUUCGAAAUUUUCCAGCCAGAUUAUAUAGAGGAAAAACAAGGACAAAAGGAGAGUAAAUGUGACUCAUGCCAGAGUGGACAAGAAGAACUGGUGUCUAAAUCCCAUCAGUUUACCCUGAGAUCAUCUCCUAAGUCUAAUGAUGUCGCUGGAAAACAAAACAUCAGGUCAUCUAUUUCAGAAAACCCAAACAAGGAUGAUAGCAUUCAGUCUCUUCAUCCUGGGGAGCAGUCAGGAGGGGAAGAGAGUCCCAGGUCCCUGUCAUCCUCUGAUUUGGAAUCAGGAAAUGAAAGUGAGUGGGCCAAAGACUUCACUGAUUCUACAGCCAGCCAUUCCACUGUGUCCUCUAGACCAAGAGACCCUCUUGAUAUCCUUACCAAGAUUUUCCCAAGUUACAGACGCAGCAGGCUAGAAGGCAUUCUGCAGUUCUGCAAAGGGGAUGUGGUCCAAGCUAUUGAAGAGAUCCUAAAUGGAAAAGAACACAAACCAGACACCAGGGACCUAGCAAAUUCAGGACCAUUGGAAAACACAGCUUUUCCGAGAGUUUCGAAUUUUAGUUUAGCUGGAAUUGGUUUUGGAACUCUAGGAAAUAAAUCAGCUUUCUCUCCCCUUCACACUUCUUCUGCUUCUUACGGAAGUGAUUCAAGUUUCUACAGCUUAAAUCCUAGACUAGGUAUCAGUCCAUUUCGGCUGGCAUAUUCCUCUCCAGGGAGAGGGCUGUCUGGUUUCAUGUCUCCCUAUCUGACUUCUGGGUUGGUACCAGCAUUGCCUUGUAGGCCAGCUUUGGAUUAUGCUUUUUCAGGAAUGAUUAGGGAUUCUUCUUACCUUCCCAUCAAAGACUCAGUAACUGGUGGCAGACUGUAUUCCAGGCCAAAUCAGAGUAACCUGUAAUGCAUCUGCCUACCUCCCUUUCUGGAGUAUUUCUAGAAGCAUGCACUACAACUCACAUACCCACAUCUAUUAAUGUGUUCACUAUGUAUGGGAGUGGAUUAUCAGUCUUUAAAAAUGCUAUUUUUUUUUUUUUACAAGCGAUGUAAUAGAUUUGAGAUCUAAAGACUCUUUGUUAGCAUUUAUUAAGUGAAAGAAACAUUUAAACAUCAUGUGUGCCUUGAAUAAAACCAUUUCAGGAAAUAUUUUUACUUUAAUGAAUUUUCUCCCUAAGAUAUCAGUUGUAAAUUCCUAAUUUAAAACUAUACUUGUUUUUAGUUCAUUGAAAAAAUGGAGCAUAUAAUUAUACAUUAUGAAGCAGUCUAGCAUUAUAUAAAAUGAGCCGGAAGUAAGAAUUGAAAAAUUGAGAUAAUUCUAAAUAUUAUUCUAAACUUUUUUUCCUCCUUCUGUUUCUUGUACACAAGAGAGAUGAAAGGUAUUCAAAGUAUUUUAAAGUAUUUUAUUCACAUAUAAAUGAUUAGUAGUUAGUAAAACUUUUGAGAAGUUUAAGUCCUUAUUUUUUUCUGAAUGCCUUGUUUUUCAUUCGUAUCUGCCAUUGGUGAUAAGUGCCAUUAAUAAAACAUUUCUGUUUAAAGGAAACUUUUUGUGAGUUAAACAAAGGUCUGUGAAGUAAAUCUUAGGAAAUGAGAAUGCUCCAUCUCCUGGCCACUAUCACUAAUUGCAGCUAAGUUCUGGUAGCAUGUAGAAAUUAGAUACAAAUGGUUCCUAAUAGUAUGAUGUAACCAUUUUUUGGAAAUGCUUAUUUUGGAUCAUGCUAUAUUGAAUUUUAAUAUUAUAAAAUGAACAGCUAAUGAGGAUGAGGAUUUAAAUCUUUAAGUAGGCUUAUGCUUUUAUCUGGGGAAAUAACCUUUUCCAUAUGUUUGUGGCAAGACUAUGGCAGCCAUUCUCAAAGGUAAAAAUCAUUUUAUUCAGAAAACUUAAAUGGUUGCUCAUAUGAAUAUUAAAUGACUCUAGAUAGAUAAUGCUUAAUGCACUGAGGAGAUAAAAGUUUUCCAAGGGGAAAAAUUAUCAUUAAAUUUUAAAGGUUUUCUUGAGAUUUUAAAAGUACUUUUGUUCUCCAUCUAGAGAAUUUGAGUUAUUUAUUUUAGUCAGUGGGAAGUCCCUGAGAACAAAAAAAUUUUAGGAAAUUUUCUUUAUAUGCCAUCAUUUAUCUUUUAAAGGAUUGGAGCUCUAUUCUGUUGAUAGGAAUAAAUGGAAAUCCAGCUGUGGAGUAAAAUAGUUGAUGAAUUAGAGAUGGUUAAAAGAAUUUGACAGCAUUAUUUACUAAAGAUUUCUUAAAUUAAGUGUAUGUGUGUAUGUAUGUGUGUGUUUAUAUAUACUUGUGUAUCUAUCUAUCUGUCUGUAUAUUAUAUACUUAAGCUCUGUUGGUUCUAUCAUCAUUUAGACUUUUCCAUUGAGCCAGAUGAGAAUAUAUCUCUAAAGUAUAUUUUACCAGCAAAUAUCAUAUUAAAUAACUGCAUAGAAUCUGAUGCUGAUUUAGGAUGUAAAUGUGUAAUAGAGUAUGCAUUAUUUUUAAUGGUGUGAAUGUGAGAAAGCAGAUCUUAUAAAGAUUUGAUACAGUUAAUAUUCAUUAUUUAUUUAAAAAGUUUUAGAUUCCAAGCCUAAAUCAUAGUAUAAUGCUUGGCAAGUAGUUGAUAUUCAAUUAAUAUAUACUAAAUGAAGGGACCAUUUUGGAUGGUAGAUCUCUUUGAGACUGAUAAAACCAAAGAACUCUGCAAAGUGGUUUACAGACAGUUUUGAGUACAAUUUCUUGGGAUUCUUGAAUCUACUAAAUGCCAUUCAGAUUAGAAUACUUGGUGAUUUUUAAGGUAUUUCCACUACAUUAAUUCAUUUGUUGAAUGUUAUUUUAAAAGUGCUAGAUCCUAUAGAGGAUACCAAAUGUAAAAUGUUCUCAAAGAAGUUACAUUAUACAAUAGAGAUCUGAUACAACAACAUAACAGUGCUAGAGUUGCUGGAUUCUUUAUGUGGUUUAUAUGAUGAUGUGCAUGUAUCCUUUUGCCUUUUGAACUGGGGAGAAAGUCCAUUUGGGACAGUUUUCAAAUUUUUAAAACUGUUUUAUAAUUUUAAAACUUAAGUUAAUUUACAUAGUACUUUAUACAUUUCAUACCCUUUACAAUAAGUUUAGAACGCAAACAAUCUUACAGAACAUUUUGUCCAACCACUAACUUGAAUGUGAGAAGAUUGAGGUUUGGCAGUAGUAUCGUCCAUCCCUAUGUUAAAAUGCUAUUGUCAGUUGUUAGGAGUGGAAGUUACUUUACCAGUUUAAAUUAGACUAUAAAGUCUAAGGAAGGAUUCAUGCCUGUUUGUCCACUCACAGCUUCCUAGAGUAUCUGGUACAUAAAUAGGUGCUCAAGUUUUUCACUGACUGAAUUAAAUGAAAGAUAAAAAUACUAGUUUAUUCAACAACUAUUUAUUAAGCACCUACUUUGUGCCAGGCAUUGUGCUAGACCAGAGGAUAAAGAGGUGAAUAAGAUAUGAGACCUGCCCUUAAGCUGCUCACAGACUGUUACCCAUGUAUACAAAACCAACCCAUCAACCAGUGGUGGCAGUAUUUGACAAUGUUGGUACAUCAGUGAGUUCUGUGUAAUCUUGAGGUUUAUGCUCAUCCAUGCAGCUUGAGGUAUGAACUCCUAAACCACUAAUUAAGGAUGGGAAGGAAGAAGGAGAAUACCUAUUUCCAUGUCGUAUGUUUAGGCAAGUCCAUUCCAUUUGUCUGAGAGGUAAACAACUCCAAGAUCUAUGGUGAAAAAGGUGGGCAAAGAGGAACCUUUUGUUUGCUUGAGUGGAGUCUUGUGUGGAGAUCACCCUCGUUUCCUCAUGGUUAUGGAUCAGAGUUAUUGCCCAAUCCUAUUCCUGGGGUUGAUCAUUUGGAAUUCCUCUGAUUCAAUGCAUAGGCCUCAUUGUGUCAGCUGUCAUCUAGCUAUUCUGUGAAAAUGGGUUAGAGUUAGGGGAACAGCUGAAGAGCAUGUGAGUAAAAUAUGCUAUUUUCCCCUUCAACUACUGCUGAAACAAAAAGAUACUGGGGAUUUUAAGACCUUCCCCUCUAGAGAUUCCUAUCUGUGAACUUGGAACUAAAAAAAUUUACAAAGUGGCCUAUCCAUUCAACUCUUUUAAAAUGCAUGUUCCGUAGAUAUUUAUUUGUCUUUGAAAUUAAAAAGUUUUCAGAAUAUAAGAGAAGCUUAUAUACCAGUGUAAAUAGAAUUAUUCUGGCAAGCACAAGAGGAGAUGAAGCAUCAUCAGCUUCAUAAAGUCAAAGGUCUACUCAGGGCAGCCUGACUCUUAAGCAUAGAUGCUCAUCCUUUAGGGAAAGGUUCUCGCUCAGAUUCAUUCUUCCCAUCACCACACAUCUCCAAAUAAUCUCAUUAUUGAUGCCUGCGCUGCAAAACUGUACAUUUAAUUAUUUGGCAUCAUGUCCUGUAAAAUUGAAGCUGUUUUGAUGUAACACUUCAGAGCAACUGUGCCCAACAUUAAAAGAAGUAUCCUUUGUUGGUUUUUGCUUACUAAAUAUUACUCAAAUGAGAAAAAUUCAUUGUCAUUUCCCCUUUCUGAACUCCAUGCUAAUGAUCAGGGGUUCAGGGGAAAAUAGGAUGAUAAGUAUGAGAACUAUGAAGAUGUCUUAUUUCUCAUUUUUGCCUAACUGGUAAUUUAAAAAGUGACAUUUUAAUUUUUUAAGACUGUGUCAUAGUAUCCUCAAGUCAAAAUGACCAUGUGACGUAGUCUCAUGAGAACAUUAAUAGUUUUAAAAUAGGUACACAAAUGUGGUCUUUUCAAAACGUCUAUGUCAAAAUGUUUUUUAAAAAUAUCCAAUGUUAAAAUCCAUCCUAGCAACAAGUUCAAUAAAAAAUGGACUAGAUAUUGAUAAUUAGCAGGAAAUAUAAAGAGUUGAGCAAGUGUGCUAAAGAAUGUUGACUAGAAAAAUCCGAGUCAAGCAGCAAGUGUUUUAGGAUCCUGUUCUUGACCUUUUAUAAAAAUUCUGUCAGAUGAAGAAAUAAAGAUAUACAAUUCAUUGUUAUCUUAUUCAUGGACUGCACUCAUCUGUGAAUGGCAACUAAUUUUUCGGCUGACAGAAUCAAAUUUUAACUGAUUGAUUCUUAGACUGUAACUCCUAUUGCAGUGAGUUGAUAUAACAUUCAAGACCUUAGGGUUAAAAAAAUCAACUGUAUACACAUAGAUAAGAAGCAAGAGAGACCUGAGUUUGCAACAAGUUUUUGAGAAAAAAAGUAAUGUUAUUUAUUGGUAAAUGUACUGUGAGAUUACCAUGUAACAUGGCUGUUCUAAAAGUUCAAUUGAUAUUUAGGUUACAUUAAUAGGAAAAAUGUAUGUAAAAGGAGGGAGAUGAUGGUGCCAUGUACUCUGAAAUAUCAGUUCUUCAGAUAUUAGCUUAAGUGGUGUGUUCAGUUCUGAGUGCCAUAUACCAAGAGUGAUUCUAAAACUUGGGAUAUAAGCAAAGAGGCAUAAGACACUAAAUGACUAUGGUGGCAAUAUCAGGUUCUUUGAGAAAUAUUUUUAAAAGUAGGAGAAAUGAAAAUGUUUAAAGAACUAGCAUAUAACAAAAAUGACUCUAAGGGGGAAUAGAAGGCAAAAGUUUCAUAGAGAAUUUAGAGGAACAUAAAGAAGAAUACUGUAAUUGCAUUUAAUCCACUUCUAGUGAACCUGGAACUGCAAAGGCAGAUAUCACUAGAGAAAUAAACAAUGUUAGGUCCAGUUUCUUUGUUGCUGUUUGAUUGCUCAUUUCAUAGGUGAGCCAUAAUUUCAUAAUAUAUUAUUGUACAUGGGUUUUUUUAAAAUUCUUUUGAGGGGUAUAUGGAGUAAAUGAGCAGCAAAUGAGAUUUAUGUUUAUGCUACAUUUAUCAGUCAGUAUUCAACCAGGAAAAGAGUACCGUUAGGGAGUUAUUUUUAUAUUAUAAAAUAGAAAGUUAUUUUAUAAAUUAGGGAGGUAUUUUAGAAAUUUGACUGAAUACAUAAGGAGCUGGGAAGAUAAAGUUUGGUGAAGGGAAAUAGGCAAAUCAGGGAGUUACUAACUAAUCUGCCAAGUGUUGGUAUGGGUAGACAAGUGGUCCUUUCAAGAGAAGUAGAAAUUUUCAGGAAAUCUGUGAGAUCUAGCAUGUCAAGUCACUCAAAUGGUUCCAAGGAAAGGUGUUGUGAAGGAGGUAUAAAGGAAGUUAAUGCCUCUGCACAGCUUCUAAUACUGGGUCUGCAAGCAGGUACCAGGUGAUAGACCUGCAACUACAGCUGAUCAGCAAGUCCAGUAGUCCAGUGCGCCCCUGGUCAAUAUGGCACUUAU